AUGCGGAGGGCCCUGCUGUUUGCAGCCAUUCUGGCCAUCAGCCUGGCUUACAGUUUUGGGGCUGUCUGUGAGGACUCACAGGAGCAGGUGGUGCCUGGUGGGGGCCACAACAAGAAGGACUCGAACCUCUACCAGUUGCCCUCGUCCUUGCUCCGGAAACUCUAUGAUGGCCGCUCAGUCUCUCUGGAUGGAUUGCUCAAAAUGUUGAGCAAGGCUAGCGUGGAUCCUAAGGAAUCGCCACUUCCCCAGAAACGUGACAUGCAUGACUUCUUUGUGGGACUUAUGGGCAAGAGGAACAUCCAGCCAGACACUUCUAUUGAUGUAAACCAAGAGAAUGUCCCCAGCUUUGGCACCCUCAAGUAUCCCCCCAGUGUGGAAUGA